AUCCUUAAUGCUCAACGCUGUGGCCAGGUUUACCAUUACAUGCGUUGAGUAUUCUUCGAAGGCGUAGGUCUAGUGGUCAGGAGUUGUCGUCCGCAUUCAUAAGCCGAGGCAGCCGUCUCCGUUAGCGCAGCUUUUUGUAACAUCAACUUAUAGAAACAUGCUCGCUACUCCACGGGCUGCUGCCCGUCCUUUCACCAGCGCGCGGCCGGCCGCCAGGAAUCCCGUGCUGCCUCGCCGUGUGACAGUUCGCGCCGCUGCUGAGGACGUUGAUGCUCCAGAAGUAUUGGAUGACACGGAGAUGGCUCCCCGUGGACGGCGUUCAGGCGUUGAGAAGGGCAUGGAGCUCAAGCACUUCUUGCCGCUGCCUAAGCCGGCUCAUCUGGUCUUCGUCAAGCCCACCGUCGCUGUCGUGGCCGGCACAGCUAGCCGCAGCUCUGUUGGUGUCAAGAUGACUGCUGGCGACCAGCAGCUUGAGCGCUAUGUAAUUGAGUACUAUGCCCGCAGCGACGACCCAAUCAAGGCACUAGCCGAUUCACUUCGGGAAAAGAAAGGCGUGCAAUGGGGCACGGCGAAGCUGGAGGCGCCUAAUGGAGAGGGUCAUUAUGUAGAAUACUUUAGGGGAAAGGAUUUUGCUCGCUACUUUCGUUCGAACCCGGAAAAGCUUAACGCGCAUGUGCCGCCGAAGCCGGGCAAGACGGUGGAUGACCAGAUCGCUGAGUUGAUAAUGGUGUUUAUGAAGCGCAAGCUCGUGCGCAAAACGGACCGCAAGUAUAAGAAGCCAAAGCCAGGGAAAAAACGUCUGGUCAAGUUCCCGCGCACACUUGUUCCACACCCGGAUGGCAGCGGCUGGACGGAAAACGCCUUCUACUACUGGACCUACGACCGCCCAACUUCCAUGUGGUACUACGUAGCCACGGUGGCCCUCCCGUUCUUGGUCAUCGCGGCGUGCCUCUUCCCAUUGGCACCCUGGUGGGUGCGCAUGACGCUGGUGUACUUCCUCAUGGCGGUCCUGACUCUGCUGCUGGGUCUUAUUGCAUUACGCUACAGCCUGUUCGGUCUGGUGUGGAUUGUCACAGGCCAUUCCUUCUGGCUCUUCCCGAACAUGAUGUCCGACGAGGUUGGCGUCCUCGACGCCUUCUCUCCAGUAUUAUCCUAUGACCGACCCAAGAAAGGCAGUCGCACACAGAUUGUCGCCCGGCUGAUCACGUUAGCCCUGGUAAGCGGGAUUGUCUACAUGCUGUACCAGCACACACCGGAUGCGGAGAAGCUAGCAGCCAGCGCCAAGGAGGCCCAUGACUCCAUACUUGGUUACUUGGACGUGUACGGCAAAGGCAAGAUGUUCAUCACUGGCAACACGAAUGUAACAGGCAACGGCACAGGUACCGGUGCUGGCACUGGCGCGAGCGCAGACGCCGGGCAAACAGCAGGCGGGACGGGGGCCAGCGCAGGAGCAGGAAAGGGCCCAGGUCCCGGGUCAGGUCCCGGAGGCAGGGCAAGCGGUCGCCGCGGCAGCGGUCCUGACCUCGCCUCGACGCCGCCGUCCGGCGUCCUUGUCGCUUGGGAGUCCACUAUCGGUUCCGUAGAAGCAUUCAGCUCCGACGGCCAGCCGCUGUGGUCGAGUUUGGGCCGCUGGUCGUCCCUCGCUGGCGCGCUCCACGCCGGCUCCUCGGUACUGCUGCUCGGCACACCCGCCAGUACCUCUGGAAAUCUCCUCUCACUCGCUAGCAUCCAUACCACCACCUCUGAGCCCAAAUGGGAACUUCCACUACCGCGGCAAUUCUCUAUGCACCAUGCUCCGUUGUCGCUGACGCUACUUGAUCUGGGUCGUACCGCGCUGCUGGCUGUGGGGCCGGAUGCGGGGGUUAAGCAGCAGCUGGGACUGCACGAUCGUGACCCAGAUGCCGCGACACUUCCUCUGCUUACCCUGGCAUUCGUGGAUGUCCUCACGGGCCACACUCGUGUCACUGUAAUAGCUGGCGUUUCGGGCGUGGGCCAGGUGCUGUCGAUCGGACAGCCGCUAGAGUACGACAGGGACAGCGGCGCAGCCCGAACGCCCCAGCUGCUCCUCCUGCCGUUUACCUACCUGCCGUCGGCCAAUGCUGCGGAAAGCGACGGCGAGCUGGGCGCAGGGCCGCGGGGCGGCUUGCUGGCGUUUCGGCGUACGGCAGCCACAAGAGUAGCUGCGGUAGCAGAGCGGGAAGGGGAUCAGGAGCUACAGCCAGGCGGUGCUGCUGCUGCUGCCAGAGCGGACGCGUGGGAUCCAGCGGCGGAGGUUAUCGCUGUUGGCGACACCGCUGCCGAGCUGCUGUCCUCCUGGGAGCUGGCACAAGCUGCCGGCCCCCUCAGCCCCGCAACCCAGCACGCACAGCAGCAGGAGCACCAGGCGAUAGGCUGGAAGCAGCCGCACAAUCACCUGGCCUCCUGGCCCUAUUCCCACAUCGGCGACUGGGCUACUGGGGGACCGCUGGACGCCGCGCCGGGAACGCCGAGGUGCUCUCUCUUACGCCAACACGAGGCAGUCAUUUGCUUGCUCAGCUCAGCUCCAACGUCUCAGACGGUUGCCAGCGGUGCCGCGGCCGCUGUCACUGCCAGCGGUACCACAGCCGCCGGCAGUAGCAUCGGCGGCAGUAGCCGCCUGGUGUUAACGGAUUUGCGGAACGGCGAGACGCUGCUAUGGCGAGAUUACCCGACUCCAGGUGACUUGACGCAUCAUGGCGAUGCCGGGGGAAGAGCAAGCAAUGGCGAGCAACGAGGCAGACGCAGCAGGGACAGCAGCGGCGACGGUGCCGGAGAGGCUUCGUGGUCGCUACGACUGCAUGGCGGAGACGAGUCGUCGUCGGCAGCUGCGGCGCUGGAGGCUCUGGCAGUUUUUCCCGCCGACGGCGCUUCGGAGACCAGCGCGGAGGCGAUAGCACCUGCGGCGGAGGCUUCCGGAUGCGGGCAGCUGGCGGCCGUCGUCGCCGAACUGACGGCGGAAGUGCAGAAGGCAGGAGGUUCGCGAGUCCGUAUGGCGCUGCUGUGUCGCAACGCCAGGGAAGGCGCCGCGGCGAAGCUGCCGCAGCAGCAACAGGACGGUGCCCAUGUAGCAUGGGACGACUUGGCCACGGAUGGGGCAGCCGAGAUGGGAGAGAAGGAGACGCUCGAGCUGGACGUUUUAGAACGCAUUCCCAAGUUGCUGCCCGGCCGCAUCACCGUCACGCUCGUCUGCGAUGUCGCUAACACCGCAGCCUUUAAAGUGGAGACCCUGAAUUGCGGCUACAAUGAAACAAAACGUGUCGGUGGCGGAGCGAUACUUCCGACCGUGGCCAACGGGACGAGGCUCUCCUGCACCCGUGACUCUUUUCCCACGCGACCGCUAAACAUUACCUUGAUCUACUGCGACGCCGUCUCCACACCGUCCGCGGUGGACGUGCCGCCCUCGCGCAACGGGCUCAACACACAUCUGGGCUGUGAGCGCUUCUUCGGAGGCCGCGCCGGCAGUGGCGGGGCCAGCGGCAUGGUAGACGGUGCACCUGAAGGACUUCAGCGGCGGCUAAGCGCCCUGCUGGCUGCUCCGGAGCCGCUACAGGCCUUCACGGAACUGUUGUGUCCGGUUAAGCCCUGCGGCCACCCGGCCUCUGCUGCGUUGGACCUCCUUGCGGGCUACAGCCGCCGUGCCAACAUCGACGUGGAUCUCAAGGUCUUCAGUCCGCCGCCGCCGCAGCCCCCCUCGCGACGCGUGUCUCCACCACCGCCACCACCGCCAGCGCCCAACCACGUAAACUGGGUCAUCACGUUUGAUUCAUCGGACACCUUCUGCCUCGACCUUUCGUUGCACACACUGCUGCCCGGCGCGGUCGCGCCGUACCCGCCGCCGCCGGAAGGCGUGGUCGCUCCGCCGCCAUCACCACCUCCCACGCAGAGCAGCCUGCCGGGACUGUUCUCCGCAGCGUUCGGUGGCUGGAACAUCCUGCCAACACCGGAGGCGGCGGUGUGCACGCCCUUCGGAUACCGACCCUACAGGAUGGCGCACUUCUCCGCCGCCGGAGCUGGACUCGGAGGAUUUCUAGGCACCGAUAUCUUGCGCGACUCGUUGCUGCUUGCGGACGGCAUGCCCGUGUCCAACCUUGUUUCCAUCGACCUCUCCAGCAACGCCAUCCGCGGCACCCUGCCUGACGGCACCGGCGGCUUUCAGGGCUACGACUUUCCGUGCCUGUUUUGGAACCUGAGCCGUAACGCCAUCUCGGGAAGCAUCCCCGCGAGCUUCUACCUGCACAGUGCGCUGCUGGUUGACCUGUCGUACAACGACCUGCGCGGGCCUCUGCCCGAGAACUGGACGCUGCUGGAGACGGUGGUGGUGCUGGACCUGACGGGCAACAACCUGGAGGGGCCGCUGCCUCGCAGCUGGGGAACUACGCUGGGACCCAGCUCAAAUCGCACCACUCGUCGUGAUUACGGUGGCCUCCGGCGGCGCCUGGAUCAGAGCAGCGACCCAUGGCGAGGCAUGCACUCGCUGCGGCUGGGCGGUAACCGGCUGAGCGGCACGAUACCCCCGGAAUGGUUCCACCUUGCGGUGGCGGAGCUGGACCUGUCCAACAACCAACUCACGCCCACCUGCCCACCCGCCCGUGGCCCGGGCGCCGUCCCCACUGACUGGAGCAGCAUCGCCUCCAUGCGGUUGCUGGACCUAAGCGGCAACCCGGGACUGGAGGGCACCAUCAGCGGCAUCUCCCUGCCAGACGCGCUGCGAAUCGUCAAGGUCGCCGGCACGCAGGUGCGUCUGGAUCCGGGGGUGCUGGCGGACGGCUACCCGCGCUCGGCCCUGUGGGUGGUGCUGGUGAAGGCGGUGCUGGGCGGCCACAUAGACCUGCACAACGUGCAGCGGCCGGAGCUGCGGUCGGACGACCUCAAGGAGAUCUGCUCCAUAUACCAGGCCUACAACGCCUACCGCCAACAAGGCGGGUCUGCGCCGCAGCGCGACCUCCACGGCGUCACCGAUUCGCUGACGCUGGGCAGCAGCCUCCUCGCCGCCUCCCUCAAUCCCGACGGCAGCGCUCCGACGUCGCGGCACAUGUACGGCAUCAUGGCUGCUUUUGCGGUGUGGACGGCGGGAGGGCGCGUGCCCAACAAUUUCUCCAGCAACGAUACGCUGCACUGGGUGCCCCUUCCCGACGACACUGCCUGGGUGGCGCGACCCCACGAGUGGUGCUACGAGCGCAACGUGGCGGUGCUGCUGCGGCCGGUGCUGGGGCUGUGGUUGCCGGUACUGGCAUUCAUCCUGGCCAUGCUGCUGCCCAUACCGUGUUACUACUACUGGCAAUGGCGUGACGAGAAGCUGGCGCAGCAGGCAGUUAAAAAGGAAGACGACGGCGUCCUGCAUGUAGUAUCGCGCAAGCAGCUGCAGGCGCAAGAACAGGGCUUCAUCAAGCAGCUGAUGUAUAGGCUGCACGUCGUUGCGGCCAGCCAGGCCAACCUCUCACGCUACAGUGCGGAGGCGGCCAACGGUGGCGGUGGUGACGGCGGGGCUGCAGCGGGAGGAGAGGCGGCGGCGAGCAAGAGACACAGCCCGUUUGGAAAGCUUUUCUCAAAGUUUGGCCGUGGCAAGAAGCAGCCAGCAGCCCCGUCCGCGGCGGAUAGUAGGCAAGAAGGUGACGGCGGGGCCCCGCCGUCGGCGCCAGUGCGUAGACCGGGCCAAAACGGUGGAAGCGGCACUGCUGCCGGCACGUUGGGUGAGCCGCAGAUCAGCGCCGCAGAGGGCGGUGGAGACCCGGAUGGCACCGGCGCCGCCGCCGCCGCCGCCCCCGGCGUCGGCGGCAAUAGGGCCACCGCCAGGGCGUCUGCCGUCCUUGUUACCACGGAGGACGGUUGGACCCGGGGGGUGCCGAGGCUGUCCGGCAGCGGUGGCCCUGCCCUGCUGGCAGUCGAUGCGCUCCCCGGCGCCGACUUUCCGCCGCCAACCCACGGGUCCCUCACGGCGGCGUCGGUUCUGGGCUGGGGCGCGUCGGCCCCAUCGCGCGCAAACCUGACACUGCAAUCUACGGGAGCCUCCCGCGCGGCCUUGAAUCGAGGCGGCGGCCGCGGCGGGAGCAGCGCCGGGGAUGGGGACGGUGCCAGCCGCGGUGGCACCGGCAACGGAGACGGUGCCGGCCCCGUGGCGGAGGCCAAAGAGGACGAUGAAGUGCCUGCCGCCACCGUUGCUGGUAAAUCCGACCAGGGUGCACCAGCCCGCGGCGGCCUGCGUGCUCUACUUGGCCGCAACACGGGUACCGGUAGCGGCACCGGCAGCUUCUUCGGCGGGUCUGCUGCUGCCGCCGCUGCCGCCGCCGCCACAGCGUCGACGACGGGACCGGCAAAAGGCAGCAGCCGCAUCGCCAGCCUCGCGCCCGCGCCCAUCACCGUGACGGAAAAUCGGCAGGACCUUACCACGCCCAUCAGCAUGCUCACCAACGGUGACAUCGUCUCGCCAGUGCCGGUGCCACGGCGCAAAUCAACCAUUAAAAGGGGUCCGCACCUGCCCAUACCUGACUACGCCAGCGAGCCUGAAUCCCCUAGCCGCGAGCGCUACGAUGAGGACGUCGCGGCGGGCAGGCGAGCCUCACCAAUGCGCAGUGUGCGGGGUACAGCCAAGGACGGUCCCGCUGGUGCCGCCGCAGCCGCUAGAGGUGGGGGCGGCGGCACUGCUGCCUCCGGCACAGUCAGCGAUCACGGCACAGCCGCAGCCUCGCUCUCCCGCACCGUGUCCCAUUCACAGCUUCAGACGCUGCCGCUGCCGGAUGCCGCCGCACAGAACCAGGGGCCGAGGCCCAUGAGCCGCGGCAACCUGGGCCUGGUGGCAUCACUGCAGUCGGGGCCAUCGCUGAACCCCAGCAUCAGCCAGCGCUUCCGCGGUCGCCGAAUCUCCAUGACGCCCACCGAGACCACACCUGCGGCCACCCAGGAUGGCGCGCAGGCAGUGGUGCUGCGGCCGCCGCGCCCGUCCGGCACAGGUACUCCCCCGCCCGGCAGCGUCGUUGAUGGCCCCCUGGCGGGGCUCCUGGCGGGACGGUCCCGCAAGUCAGGUAUCGUCGACCUGCCGCCAGAGCUGAUGCCAGAGCCUGGCCAGGGCGGCCGCCGACUGAGCGGGCUGCACGCCAGCGGGGCGCCAGUUAAGGGGCGGGGUCGCGAGGACGGGGAUGCGGAUGAUGAAGGGGAUGGCAGCGGUGUCGGUAUGAGCGGCCGGCAACGCCGUCCGUCGAAUGCGGCAGCGGAGAUUGUGCCGUCAGCGGCGGGGAUCCCUGCGGGCGCGGGCAUGGACCACCCGUCGGCGAGUGGCACGCUGCCGCAUAUCGGCCGUCCAGGCAGUGGCGGUGCACGGGGCAGCCUAGCCGCGCGGAGCAGUACGGCGGUGUCUGUGGGUUCUGUGGAGGAGCUGACGUUGCCGGGCCCGCCAGUGGAUGGCUCACCCCGGGCGAAACCGGAGCGGCGCAGGUCGAAGAAGUCCAGGGAGCCUGCGGCAGCGGCAGCAGUGCUGACAGCAAGCGAGGCGACGGCUGCAGAAGGGAGUGCGGACGCAGCCAAGCUGGAGCGGCGCAAGGCGCGCGAAGCUGGUGCCGAGACGACGGAGGUGCCGCGCGGUGAGGACGGCAAGCUCAAGAAGCGCAAGUCGAGCAAGUCUCGGGAAGCAGCGACGACUGGGGGCGAGACGACGGCCGCGGAGGGUGAGGCUGAGCCCAAGCUGGAGAAACGCAAGUCGCGAAAGUCGCGGGACGGAAAAGCCACAGACGAGGCAACGCCUGAAAAGGAAGGCGAUGGCAGCAGCAAGCUCAGGCGGAAGAAGUCCAGCAAGUCACUAGAAUCUGCGGGUGUGGACGAAGCGAGUGUUUCCGCGGGCGCCGAUGCGGCUGGGAAGUUGGAGCGACGCAGGUCGCGCAAGUCCCGAGAGGGCAGAACGGCCGAUGAGGCAACGGAGGCGACCACUGAGGGUGAGGGCGGGAAGCCGCGUCGGAAGAAGUCCAGCAAAUCUCUCGAUCCUGUGGAAGCAGACGGUGUCACAGCGGCAGCAGCAGCGACAGCGGUAGAUGAUGCAGCCAAACUGGAGCGCCGCAAGUCGCGUAAAUCGCGUGAUACUGGCACGGCUGCCAAAACCGGCGAUGAGGCGGCGGAGGUAGAGGCCGAUGGCAAGGUGCGCUUGAAGAAGUCUAGCAAGCUCCCGGUGGAGGAUGCAAGCGCAGCCGGUGAGGAUGCAGCCAAGCUGAAGCGCCGCAAGUCUCGCAAGUCUCGGGAAGAGGCUCCUACGGCCGGUGAGACGACGGCUGCAGAAGGCGAGGGGAAGAGCAAGGAAGACAAGCAGCAGCUGCGGAAGAAGUCCAGCAAGGUGUGGGACUCUAAGCCGACACCUGAUGGCACUGCCGGUGAAGCAGCAGCGACGGCGACGGAGGCGGAAGGUGAGGGCGGCAAAAUUCUGAAACGACGGAAAUCCCGCAAGGCCUGGGAUGAGGGUGCUACCACGACGGCCGGUGAGACGACGGCGGUGGAAGGCGAAGACGACAAGGAGAAAAGCAAGGAUAAGAAGUCGUUGAAGAAAAAGUCCAGCAAGCGACAUGAGGACUCCAAAACGCCGGAGACGGCAGCGGAGAUCACCUCGGAGGGCAAGCUAGAGCGACGGAAAUCCCGUAAAGCUUGGGAUGGGGCCGCGGGCGAGAGCACGGCAGCGGAGGGCGCGGCUGAGGAGAAGGAGAAGGACAAGAAGUUGUUGAAGAAGAAGUCCAGUAAGCUGCGGGAUGCCAAGCCUGCGGAGGCGACAACGGAGGGCGAGGACGCGGCCAAGUUGGAGCGGCGCAAAUCUCGCAAGUCGCGCGAAGCUGGUGCCGAGUCGUUAGAGAAGGAGCGCGGUGAGGACGGCAAGCUCAAGAAGCGCAAGUCGAGCAAGUCUCGGGAGGCAGCGACGACUGGCGGUGAGACGACGGCCGCGGAGGGUGAGGCUGAGCCCAAGCUGGAAAAACGCAAGUCGCGAAAGUCGCGGGACGCGGCAGUGGAGGCGGAGUCUGGAGCGGCCUCGGAUGGCAAGCUCAAAAAGCACAAGUCGCGAAAGUCCCGGGAUGCUGACGAGGCGACGGAGGGCGAGGAAGGCAAGCUGAAGAAGAAAAAGAAAUCUAAGAAGUCGAAGAAGGAGGGAGAGGGCAGCGAGGAUGGGAAGCACAAGAAGCGCAAGUCCCGCAAGUCCCGGGAGGCUGCGACCAUACCUGCUGACGGCGCUGAUGGCGGUGCUGUGGACAGUACGGCAGCGCCAGAAGGCAGCGGCGGCGCGGAGUUACCGCCUCGGACGCCUCCGCCGCCGGCCGUUGCAGCCGCCUUGGCCGCCAAUGCCGCCGCUGACGCAUACUCCGACUACACAUCCGACGACGACUAUGAUGAUGACGACGGCACGUCGUCGUACUACACCGACAGCGCCGCGCCGUCGCGCGCCAGCUCCAUGUCCCGCCGCAGCUCUAUGUCCCGCCGUUCCCUCAGCAUUCGUUCAAAUCGCAGCAUGCGUGUGUCGUACACCGCCACCGGCGCGGGCAGCCGCCACGCCUGGGACCGCAGCCGUCGCAAUAGCCUCGAUCUGGAUGGCACCGCCAUGGCGCCGCCGGAGCCGCACCUCAUCACCGUCGGGCCGUCGCUGGCGCCGCCGCCGCCGUCCAAGCCGCUCAUACGACGGCAUCUCCUGGAGCACGUUUGUGUGUACUACUGGGGGGCUUGGGUGCAGCUGGGGCCCCGUCUAGCGGCGAUUCUGUACUUCUUCAGCAUCGCCACGGACAUCGCCUUUAUUGCGGCUUAUGUGGACCCGGCGCUCAGUCCGGCGCCGCCCGUUGUGGUGGGCGCAAUCUUGCUGGUCUUCUUCACGACAUCCUGGGGAAUCCGCCUGAACGUUGCCUGGGGCCUUUCCCCCCGCUCUGCCACCAUCACCGCGCUCUUCACCUUUCCCUUUGGUCUCCUGUACGAGCUGGCCUGGGACGUAGUCACGGUGUUGCUAGCCAUACUGCUGGGCAAAGAGGAGCUGCUGAACCGCGCGGUGCGCGGUUGCGGUGUGUGGUGCUGGGGCGGCAGGCCCGGCAACUUCAGCCUGGCGCCCAACCUGCGGGUGUUCCGAAUAAAGCUGGUGAUGGAGCCGCUGCUCAACGCGCUGCUGCAGGGCGUGGUGCAGUCCACGUUCUACAUGGUCGCCUACCGCUCCGGCUUCGUCAUCUGGCCGGCUGUGUACCUGGCGUCUGGGGUGGCCUCCGCCCUGUCGCUGCUCAGCGGUGUGCCGCUGGCCGAUGUAUUCCGGCAGCGCGGUCGCCACUUCAACGAGGAGCUGCUGAGUCUGGACGCGCUGGAGGACAUCAAGGACAUGGAGGUGGUCAACAAGGACGACCCCGUCAACCUGGUGCACCGCGUCAUUGGCAAGUCCGCCUCCAUCACCUCGCGGGUCCGAGUUGCGCCCGAGGACGGAGUGUCCGUGCGUGGCUCGGCGCUGCCUUCCGCCGUCGGCAGUCCCGCCGGUUCGCGAACCGCCUCCAGACCGGACUCAGGCAGCAAACGCGACGACAAGGAGGGCACGGAGCGCGGCGGGAAAGACAGCUACAACAAGAAGGCCGCGGUCAAGCCGGUGGUGGCGGCGGCCGGUGCCAAGUCCACCAGCGCGGGAGCGGCGGCGGCGCCCGCGGACCCCUCAGUACUCCCAGCGGGCACGGGCAAGGAGGCUGUACCGGAGAUCGCGGCGGAGUCGGAAGCACCGAGUCCCAGCCAAAAGUCGGCAUUGCUGGGGCCGCUGCCCCCCAUCGGCCGCGGCGGCGGCAGCACUGCCGGGGCCAGCCGGGUUAGCAGCACUGCGCCGAGCCGGCUUGGCAGUGCGCGUAAGGACAGCAGCGGCGGCGAGCCCGGCGCCGGUGGCGCUGGCCUAAGUAGCAGCCUCGCCGCCGCCGCGCAGGCACUGCUGGCAACCGUUGGUGCGGGCGGCAGCGGCGCGGGCGGCAGUCGCAUCAGCAGCGGCCGCGUGGGCAGCGGCCGCGCGGGUAGCGGGCGGUCCCGCAGCGCAAGCGGUCUACCUGGCGGCCGCCUACGCUUUGCCGCAUCCGUCAAGUCGGCGGGCGAGGAAAGCGAGGGCAGCGAGGCCGACAGCCGCGGCGGCAGCAGCGCUGCUGUCGCCGCCGCACCAGGUGCCGCUGGGGCCACUGGCCGGUACGGCAAUUACAUUCCCAAGCCCUCCGCCCCCAACGCCUUCUUCGGCUCCGCUACAGACCGUCCAGAGUACCACUUCCAGCAGAGCCCCAUCGGUAUGGUUAACUCGGUUGUCAGCGCCAAAGGCCUCGCCGCCAAGAUGCGGAGCCGUUCCGCUACCGCGCGGACAGCUGCCGAGACCGCUGCCACGGCGGCGACGCUGGCGGCCAACGCCGGCACACAAGGCAACCUGGCGCAGUACGGCAGCGUCCCUGUCGGGAUGUACGGCGCAUACGGCGGCGCUACCGCUGCUACCGCUACCGCUGCUGGCAUGCCGUAUGCGCAGUUCGCACAACCGGGCACCAACGCUGCUUUGUAUGGCACGUACGGAUCGGGGACCAUGUACGGCACUGGAACGUUAGCGGCUUCCGGGUCGAUGCCGGCAGGUGGCACGGCAGGCAUGCCAGCGUAUGACCCCGGUGUGUAUCAGCAAUACGCCGCGUAUUACGCUGCCAUGCAGCAGCAGUACGCUGCGGCAGCAGGGGGCCAGUCGAUGGCUUACGACCCAUAUGCUUCUCUGAGCAGGUCGUACGGCGCAGGUAUGGGCAGCACGGCCAUACCGGGCGCUGUGUCCGUCAGCCCCAAGCGUAGAGUGGCGGUGUAG